GCCCGUGUGCAUGUGUCGGAGCGCUCCGCAGCGGCUCCUCCUCCACACGGAGCAGACUGAGGAGCAGGAGGACCAGGAGGACCAGGAGGACCAGGAGGAGGACAGAGUGAUAUUUUUAUUUUUAUUUUAUUUUGUCUUGUGAACUUUGAUCUCUGGGUCUCUGAGUCGAUGAGCGGGAGGACGAGGAGCAGAGAGGAGAAGGAGCACGCGGCCAAAGAGCCCCAGCUGAAGGGAAUAGUGACCCGGCUGUCCAGCCGGCAGGGCUUCCAGCUGCAGAUGCAGCAAGACGGCACCAUCGACGGCACCAAGGAUGAAGACAGCAGCUACGCUGUGUUCAACCUGAUCCCUGUGGGGCUUCGUGUCGUGGCCAUCCAGGGCGUCCAGACCAAACUCUACCUGGCGAUGAACAACGAAGGCUUCCUGUACACCUCUGAGCACUUCACCCCGGAGUGUAAGUUUAAGGAGUCAGUGUUUGAGAACUACUACGUGACGUACUCGUCGAUGCUGUACCGCCAGCAGGCGUCGGGCCGGGCCUGGUACCUGGGCCUCAACAAGGAGGGAGGAGUCAUGAAGGGGAACCACGUCAAGAAGAACAAGGCGGCCGCACACUUCAUCCCCAAACCGCUCAAAGUGGCCAUGUACAGGGAGCCCUCCCUCCAUGAUCUGACUGAACUCUCUCGCUCCGGCAGCGGCACGCCGACCAAGAGCCGCAGCGCCUCGGCCCUGCUGAACGGAGGAGGGAAGUCGCCUAGCAACAACGACUUAUCCUAGCCCUCCACCCUCACACACACACACACACACACGCACACGCACACACACACACAUA